GGGUGUGCGUGUGCGCGGGUGUGCGCGUGUGUUCAGGUUUGAGUGCGCGCUCAGGUGUGAGUGUGCGCUCAGGUGUGAGUGCGUGCUCAGGUGUGUUGGUGUGCUUGGUGUGUUCAGAUGUGAGUGUGUGUUCAGGUGUGUUUGUGUGCUCAUGGGUGAGUGUUUGCUCUGGUGUGUUUGUGUGUUUGGUGUGUUGGUGCGCUCAGGUGUUCCCCCGUAGCAUCCCCACGUGUCCAUGCCGUACCUGUACAUCCCGGAAGGUGCUCCCGCGUGUGCAGCAUCAUCCCGUGUGUGUGCCCGUGUGCCGGUGUGCCCGUGCCGUGUUCAUGCGUGUCCAUGUACCGGUGUGUCCCGGGAAGUGCCCGGGGCUGUGUGAACGCCGUGCACGGGGUACCUGUAUGUGUGCCCAGGUGUGCCCGUGCAGCAUUCCCGUGUCCGGGUACCCGUGUAUCCCGGAGAGCGCUCACGCGCGCACCCCCGGCGCGUGUGGGUCCGUGUGAGCUCUGACACCGCGUGUGGGUGUCAGGGUGGCGCAGACCCCGCGCUGACCCCGCUCUGUCCCGCUCUCCCUCCGCAGGCCCUCUCCGUGCCCGCCAUGCAGGCCUUGCUGAGGAGCUGCCGUCUCCCGGCGCUGGGCGCCCGUCAGCGCGGGACCAGGGCCCGGCACGGUGGCGCCCCGGGCAGGGCCAGGCGCCUGCUGCUCUCGCAGCUCUUCCAGCCGCUGGCCCUGCCCGUGGGCGGCCAGGCGGGCUCCGAGGGCCGGCCCGGGGAGCCCACCUGCCGCAGCCAGCGGCUGAUGCUCCAGGGGGGGCUCAUCCAUCCCACCAGCCCCGGCUGCUACUGCUACCUGCCGCCCACCGUCCGCGCCAUGGAGAAGCUGAUCAAGGUGAUGGACGAGGAGAUGCGGGCCGUGGGUGGGCAGAAGCUGAACCUGCCCAGCCUGUGCUCGGCGGAGCUGUGGCGCGCCAGCGGCCGCUGGGACCAGAUGGGGCCGGAGCUCUUCCGGCUGGUGGAUCGGCACGACCACGAUUACUGCCUGGGCCCCACGCACGAGGAGGUGGUGACGGCGCUGGUGGCCUCGCAGAGCGGGCUGUCCUACAAGCAGCUCCCGCUGCGCCUCUACCAGGUCACCAGGAAGUUCCGAGACGAGCCCAAGCCCCGCUUCGGCUUGCUGCGCAGCCGGGAGUUCUACAUGAAGGACAUGUACACCUUCGACAGCUCCGAGGAGGCGGCUCGGCGCACCUACGAGCAGGUGUGCGCUGCCUACUGCCGCCUCUUCACCCGCCUGGGCCUGCCCUUCGUCAAGGUGGAGGCGGCCACGGGCAGCAUCGGCGGCAGCACGUCCCACGAGUUCCAGCUGCCAGCAGACGUCGGCGAGGACAGGCUGCUGCUGUGCCCUCAGGGGCACUUCGCGGCCAACGUGGAGACGCUAAACGGGGAGCAAACCUCGUGCCCCGCGUGCGGGGAGAAACUCGCCGAGACCAGAGGCAUCGAGGUGGGGCACACGUUUUACCUGGGCACCAAGUACUCCUCCGUCGCCAACGCCGUCUUCUCCUCCGCCGAGAACAAACCCCAGCUGGCAGAAAUGGGCUGCUACGGCCUGGGCGUCACUCGCAUCCUGGCGGCCUCCAUCGAGGUGCUCUCCACCGAGGACAGCAUCCGCUGGCCGAGCCUCAUCGCGCCCUACCAGCUCUGCUUCAUCCCCCCCAAGAGGGGCAGCAAGGAGGAGGAGGAGGGCGCGGCGCUGCUGGAGCGGGUGUACAAUGAGCUGGCCGAAGCGCUGCCCCACCUCGCUGGCGACUCGGUGCUGGACGACCGGAGCCAGCUGACCAUCGGCAAAAGGCUGAAGGAUGCCAAAAGGCUGGGCUAUCCCUACGUGGUGGUGGCUGGGAAGAGGGUCUGCGAGGACCCCCCGGUCUUUGAGGUUUGGAAUCAGAAUGCCAGCGAGGUUUUGUUCCUCACCAAAGAAGGCGUCAUAGAGCUGCUGAGUAAAGUGCAAGUCCCUUAAAUGCCUCCUCUCUGAAUCCGUCAUCUCUGCAGCAGUGAGUUCAUCUGAGCAGCCCUGGCGAUGGCUCUGGGUGAGCAGAGGCAAAUCCAACUCACGUCAGAGCCAGCCGCGGCGUCCUGCACGUGUGCAGGGUGCUGAGGUUGAGCUGGAAUCAGCCCACAUUCCCCCACAGGGUUGGGGACGUUCCUCCCUCUGGGUACAGCUCCCUGGAAGCUGCUUUUUCCAGCAUUUGUAGCCUCGUGUGGCUGUGGGAGCACUGGCACGGCCAUCCCCUCACUGCCUGGCCGGGACAGACUGGCCAUGGCCUUUGUCACAGCACAGCCAAAACUGCCCAGGGUGACAGGAGGGCUCCCCUUGGUGCCUCGUUCUCAGGAAGAAGGAUUCUAAGAGAGACAAAAGAAGGUGACUUCCCUGUGUUUGCAUUUCUUUGGGAACACCCAGGUCCCAUGAAGGUGGAAGCUUGCUAUGGCAAGCUCCUGUGAGGAACUGCUUGGUGCCAUCCCAGCAGCACUGACGGGACAGGGAGCUGCUUGGAGGGGGUCACCUCACCCUGUUCCACAGCUCCUCAGUCUGAGAUCUAGAGAUCAUGAUCAACACUGUAAUAAAAUCACGGAAUCGUU